AUGCGGCUCGGUACUCUUACAAUUGUAGUAUCUGGGAUACUUCUAUCAACAACAUUAAAUCCCAUUUUGGGAGCACCAUCAGCGUUCCCGUUUUUCAAUUAUAAGACAGAACCUACAAAUCAACAAGAGAUUGAAGAAUUUUUUGCAAAGGAUGAUUGUACAAUAUACAGAAAACUUGGUGAUAUUGAUUGGGAUUUAUUAACAUCUGAGGAUCUCCCACCAGAGAGUUAUCACCCUGAAUUCAUAGCGUAUGUUGAAAAGAUUAAACAUUUAAAUGGUUCAUCACCUUGUGAUUCACCAAGGAUUGGUGAUGAUGGGAAAUGGAUGAUGAGAACAUUUGCUUUCGUGGUAGUUGGUAUUUCUGUGGUGUUUUUUUCGUUAUUCAUUGCGGUCGCUCUUCUUGAAAUAUGUGCGCUGAGUUUCAGAAGAUUUAGAGCAAAGUAUAGAAGGUUGACAAGGUUGGUGAUAAGGGGUGACAUUACCAAGAGUCAAAAAUUUCAUGACCUGUUUUUUUCAAAAGAUUCUCUAUUCUUUUUUUCAUCUUGCAUCAUCUCUUUAACGUUAGGUUUACCCUCCAUUGUGAUUUUUCUCUUGACUCUCUUUGUUGUGGUUACUAUUGAACAUAUUAUUGGGAAACAGCUAUUCAAUGAUGAAGAAAAUGAAGCACCAGCUGUAAUUUAUGUAAAUGGUUACAACAAUCAAGGUAUUGAUAGAAACAAAACUUUUACAAGAGUUACAAGAAAAGAUGUUGACUCAUUUGUUCCAGCUUACAAUACACCAAAUGCUAGGAAGUUUGAUUAUCUCAUUCCAGAAUUAAGUUUCAACAAGAUUUUGAAAUUCAAAGAAUUGAUGGAGAAUUAUCCAGAAAUUUCAAAGGAGCCAUUCUGUGUUGUUUGUCUUGAAGAGUACCUGGAUGACGUUAAUGUGCUGUUGAUGCCAUGUAAGCAUUAUUGUCACUAUGAUUGUAUGGAGGAUAUGAAAUAUGUGACUGGAAGACAAAAUCGUAUUGAGGGUACUUCACACUUACAAAGAUAUAGCAAUGUUUUCAAUACUAGAUGCCCACUAUGUCAAUUGAAUCUUUUAAGGCAUUUUUUGUUUUAUAAAGAAUAUGGGUUGGAUCCAAACGAGAUUGAAUAUCUCAAUACAGGAUACAAUAAUUGA